UAACUAUUUAGUUGAGUGGACGCGCGAUAUUUUGCUGGCGAUGCAAGUUUUCGGAAAUGGCUACUGCUGAGAUAUUGCAAUUGGAUAUAUGGAAAGGUGACUGGGGUCUUCCGUCAGUCGAUAUAGAGUGUUUGCAAGUCCUGGCAUAUGCUAAAUUCAGUGGAGUACCUUUGAAAAUAAAUCUAUCAAGCAAUCCAUUUAAAACCCCAAAUGGUCGAUUACCAUUGCUUAGGAUUGGUAUAAAUACUUUGGAUACAGUUAAAGAUAUAUUGCCAUUUUUUAGAGCAAAACAUUAUAAUUCUGACUAUACAUUAACUGAUAAGCAAUGUGCAGAUGUCAUGGCAUAUGAUGCUCUGCUUAAGGAAAAGUUGUAUCCAGCCUUGCAAUUUAUAUGGUGGAUAGAUAAAAAAAAUCUAGAUGAAUUAAUUAGACCAUGGUAUUGCAAAGCAUUACCCUUUCCACUUAAAUUCUAUUAUCCAGGAAAGUUUGAACGGCAAGCGCAUGUGUUGAUGCAAAGUUUAUAUUCUAUGGAAGAUAACAUAGAUACUAUCGAAAAUGAGGUAUAUUCAGAGGCACAAAAAUGUUUGACAUUACUAUCUAUGAGACUUGGAGAUGGAGAUUUUUUUUUUGGGCAACAACCUAGCACAAUAGAUGCCAUUGUGUAUUCGUAUUUAGCACCAUUACUCAAGGCACCAUUACCAAAUCCAGUUCUACAAAAUCAUCUGAAGAAUUGCACAAAUCUAGUGAAGUAUGUGUCACGUAUAUCACAAAGGUACUUUGAAUAUGAAUAUCAGACUUAUGAAAAGGAUAAAGCUGAGAAAAACGCUGAAAAAUUAGGAGAAGACAAUGAUUGCGAAUUUCCAAAUAAAAGAAGGAAUCAAAUUCUUGCUGCAUUUGUUGCUAUAUUGGCCAUGGCAGGAUAUGCGUUAUCUACUGGUAUUGUAGAGGUGCUAAUAUAUUUAUUAAGAAGCAGAAAAUUUAUUAAGGUUCCUAAGAAGAAAAGGAGACGUACCAGUAAAGGAUGACGAAAUCUCAGACAUGUCGGCAGAAUAUAUAUUGGAUGAUGGGGAAGAUGAAUAACAGUUAGCAAAACGGAAAUUAUGUUUUCAUGAUAAAAAUAGGAAAUAUGUAACCACAAAAGAAAGAGAGUAUAUCUUAUUUCGUGUAAUGUGUUACAAUAAUUUCUGUUGGAAAUUCUUGGUGUGGAAUACUAUAUUCGUGAUAAAGAGAGAAAAGAAUAUUAUAUGAUGUAAGGAUACCAAAAUAUAUAUCGAAUAAAUAUUUUGAGAUAUAUGAUGAUA